CGGGUGAGACUACGAGAAGAGUAUCCUGAGUCUGUGAAGGUGUUUCAGGUGUUCCGCUGUUUCGUUGGUAACAAUGGAUCACGUCAAUGCAACCACAGAUUACUAUUUCUAUGAAGACAGUUACAGCUUUUCACCUGAAACAGGCAGUAGCCAAUCCAGUGGCGUGCCCUGCACCCAGGAUGGCAUCAUGGACUUCACCCGGAGCUACUCCCCUGUGGUCUACAGCCUGGUGUUUGUGCUGGCGCUGGUGGGUAACAUCCUGGUGCUGUGUGUGCUGAUGCGCUACCGCACCUCUCAGACAGGUGGGACCUGCUCCUUCUCCCUCACCGACACCUUCCUGCUCCACCUGGCCGUGUCCGACCUCCUGCUGGCCCUCACGCUGCCCCUGUUCGCCGUCCAGUGGGCCCGCCAGUGGGUGUUCGGCGUGGCCGCCUGCAAGAUUUCCGGAGCCCUGAUCUCUCUGAACCGCUACAGCGGCAUCCUAUUCCUGGCCUGCAUCAGCUUCGACCGCUACCUAGCCAUCGUCCACGCCGUCAGCACCGGCUGGAAACGCAACACCUGCCAUGCACAGAUUGCCUGCGCCCUGAUCUGGACAGUGUGCUUGGGCCUGAGUGGGGUGGACAUCGCCUUUAGACAGGUGGAGAAGGUGGAAGUGGGGCGCUCGGGGGAUCAUCAGGGCCUGCUGGUGUGCCAGACGGUGUUCACCCAGAGCUCAGUGCAGUGGCAGGUGGGGAUGCCGCUAGUCAACUUGGUGCUGGGUUUUGGGCUGCCCCUGCUGGUCAUGCUCUACUGCUACAUCCGUAUCUUCCGCUCCCUUUGCAACGCCUCGCGCCGCCAGAAGAGGAAGUCCCUUCACCUCAUCGUCUGCCUGGUGUCCAUGUUUGUGCUCUGCUGGGCGCCCUACAACUCCUUCCAAUUGGCCGAAAGCCUGAAGAAGCUGGGCGUGAUUAGUGGAGGCUGCCAGUUUGGCCGCACGGUGGACAUCGGGAUCCUGGUGUCUGAGAGCAUGGGGCUGUCACACUGUGCCUUGAACCCGCUGCUGUACUGCUUUGUGGGGGUGAAGUUUAGGAGGGAGCUGACCAGAAUGUGUAAGGGGCUGCUGGGACAGAGGUUAUAUCCAGGGAUGAAGGGAUGGGGAGGACAGAGGAGAGCACGGAGGACCACUGGGUCCUUCAGCUCAGCAGAGAGCGAGAACACCUCCCACUUCUCUGUCAUGGCGUGAGCCAACCAUGUGCACAGAGAGGGGUCUACCUGUGCCCAAGCACCUUUUUGUUGUUGUUCUGAACCCACAAGUCAUCGUAAAGUUGUCAAGUUCACCACCUCCCCAUCCCUUCCAUUGGUCUGCCCUGUACAGAGCUUGCGUGUGCCUGGUAUCCAAACAUGCAUGGCGUGAGAUACAGUCACCGGUCGAGUCUGUGUAGCAAGCUACCUAGUUUAAAUAUCAACAGUACUGCCACAGCAGUAUAACAUUUGAUUUACAUCAUCAAUAUUUGGUUUGGCCUACAUAGCCUUCGUGCAGCAGAGAGGCAGAAGGCAUAGAGAGGAGCAGCUUCAUUCAGGCUCUAUGACCCUCUGACCCAACUCCAUCCCUUCAUCAGUCGGGUGUUGCACAUGUGUGUCAGGGCAGCAGCAACACAGGUAGUCUAGACUUUAGCUAACCACCAUAUACUAAAAUAUCCACACAAGCCACCAGCCAGCCAGCCAUAUACCGUAGCAUGAGUUAGAAGAGUAUGAAUAUUAUAGUAUAUUAUGAAGUUAUUAUUUUAUUUAAGAGAAUCACAAAAAAUGCUAGUUAACUAUCAGAUUUACAUCAAUCAUCAACACAAUGAUCAGCUGAUAGCCUAUCCUCUUUACCCGAUGUCAGUCAUGUUUAGGAGGCACUGUAACUAGCGUGCUUACAAUUUUUGAUGAAUGAUUGUGUUGUUGCAGAAAUAAAUAGGUUUAUGUUUUUGUUUUUUUAGGUAGUAUGUUAUACAUUUAAAGAUAUCAUUUUUUUUAUAGGUGGUUGUCACUAGUUACCACAGCCACAAAGUAAAAAUUGGCUCUAAUGUGAAAAUUCAUGAAAACAAAUAUUAGCUUUUUGGUCUUAAUUUAAGGUUAGGGUUAGGCAUAAGGUUAGCAGUAUGGUUAGGGGUAAGGUUAGGUUUAAAAUCAGAUUUGAAGAGGAGAAAUUGUAGAAAUAGGCGUGGUCUAGCCAUAAUUAUGACUUUGUGGCCCUGGUAACUAGUGACGACCGUGAAAGGUCUGUGCGUCACGGCCCUGGUGAUUGCCUGGAGAGAGGGAAAAAGAGAGAGAGGGAGCGGGGGAUGUGGAGACUGACAGAAAAAGAGAGUUGAAGAGAGAAUACAAGACAAAAGGGGGACGGGUAAUCAUGAACUAGUGGGUGCUGAAAAGAAGGAACACAAAUUGUUGAUUGUGAAAAUGACCAAAUGGGAAAGAAAUACAGAUGUGCACAUUGUGUCAAAGUGAGGAAAAAAUUAAUGUUAUUUUGUUGUGAUUCGUUCCUCUGGUGCUUCCUGAUAGUGGCCUUGCUCCUACUGUAAUAGCUCAAAAUUAUGGUGCUUUUAAAGACAACACAUUCUCAGGGAGGGCAUUUUUUAAAUAGUAGCCUAUUUUCGCUUGCUUCUUGUAAUUUUUGUUCAUGAGAUUCUACUGUCCAUCCAAUCGCAUAGCCUUCCAAGUUAAAACCACAUCUGCCUCUCGUGUGACGAUGUUAACCCAUCUGCCUCUAGUAGUUUGACCAUGUUAACCACAACUUCCUCUCAUGUGACCAUGUUAACCCCAUCUGCCUCUAGUGUGACCAUGUUAACCCAUCUGCCUCUAGUAGUGUGACCAUGUUAACCCCAUCUGCCUCUAGUGUGACCAUGUUAUCCCAUCUGCCUCUCGUGUGACCAUGUUAUCCCAUCUGCCUCUAGUAGUGUGACCAUGAAACCCCAUCUGCCUCUAGUGUGAGCAGCAAAGACUGCAUAAUAUGAAGGUGAGCAGUGAACAGUUUCUCAAGCUGUUUGGUUUCCUGAUAAAUUGAUGACUAUAAUUUCAAGGAACUGGAUAAUCUCUUGCAAAAUAUAUUUUUUUAAAUGUAUGAAACCCACUUCCUCAAAAGGGCCAAGUCAUCACUAUAUGUGUUACUCAUAUGUUGCCUUGUGUUUUUGAAGGCAGCAAAUACUUAACCGAUGUGAAAUGGCUAGCUAGGUAGCGGUGGUGCGCGCUAGCAGCCUUGCAGUCGGUGACGUCACUUGCUCUGAGACUUGAAGUAGUGGUUCCCCUUGCUCUGCAAGGGCCGCGGCUUUUGUGGAGCGAUGGGUAACGACGCUUCGUGGGUGACUGUUGUUGAUGUGUGCAGAGGGUCCCUGGUUCGAGCCCGGGUAUGGGCGAGGGGACGGACGUAAAGUUAAACUGUUACACAGCUUCACCUAUGGCAAACAUGUCCUUUGGUACCAGACUGUUAUUCAACAUUUUCUAAUUUACUUCUUUAGAUGAGAUUGUUAUACAUCAGUCAACACAACAGAUAUGUACAUAGGAUUGUAUACAUGUAUUUCUAUGUUGUAGAAAUUUGAGGAAGUAGAAUAAAAC